UCUCCUCCGUGCCCCACGUCUCCGCCGCCGCGCGCUGCACCACGAGUGGGGGCAGGUCUCCCGGCGCGGCCGUGGGCUCGGGCUCCGGUUCCGAGUCGGUCUCCGCUGCCUCCCCGGCCACGCGGAGCCCCGUGGGGCGGCCGCGCGUCGGGCCCGAGGGGCCCAGGUAGAGCUCCUCCUCCUCCGACGAGGACGCAGACAGUUCCGAGUCGGUCUCCGCCGCUUCCCCCGGCACCACCGUCCCCGGUCUCCGCCGCCGACCCUGGGACGACGCCAUGGCGCGGAGCUUGGAGAAGAGGAGCGCGGGGACGUGAGGUCCGGAGUACCAGCCCCGCCACCCCCAGACAAUUCCGGCUCGGCCUCAGUCUCCCCUGGCCAGCUCACAGGCAGCAGAGGCGCCAGGGAGGACCCAGAGCGGACGACCACCCUAGGGGACACUACCCGGGAGUCACCAACACCACAGUCCACACCCAGAAGGCCAUACCAGGUCUCCGAAGCUCCGAACCCGAGGGAUCCGUCUCCUGGCGGAAGUGAAGGUGUUUCUCCGCGUAGAGUCACAUGAUCGAGGUCCGGCCAAUAGGAAAGCGGACUGUCACUUGAGUCAGAGAUUCGGCCAAUAGGAAUGUCCGAAGACACGGAAACAGCGAGGGAAGCGAAGUAAGGGCGGAAGACGCUAACGUGCGCGGCCCACGAAGGGGCUCGAUGGGCCCGCCCCCUCGCUUCCUAGUUUCUGCGCUCCCUGUGCCGGCUGAAGGGGCGGAGCCAUAGCAGAGCACCAAUCAGACCGGUUCUGCCCCCUGAGCGGACCAAUGGGAGCCGGAAGCGUCGUCCGGGCGCGCGGGGCUCGAGGAGGCGCAUGGCGGACGCGGUGCUGUUCGAGUUCCUGCACACCGAGAUGGUGGCGGAGCUGUGGGCCCCGGACCCAGACGCUGGCUCGGGGAAAAAAAUGCACCCUAGCAGUACCCCGACUCAUCUGUCCCCGCCUGUGUGUGCCCGGAGUGAGCCGGAUAAAGUCUGUGAUGAUCGCAUCAGGUCCCAGCACCCAGUGGGACUUUUAGGAAAGAAGAAGAGCCUGUCAGUCCUGGAGGGCCUGGGCUUCCGUGUGGGCCAGGCUCUGGGUGAGAGGCUGCCUCGGGAGACGCUGGCCUUUAGAGAGGAGCUGGAUGCCCUCAAGUUUCUGUGCAAAGACCUGUGGGCUGCCAUGUUCCAAAAGCACAUGGAUGGACUCCGCACCAACCACCAGGGGACCUACGUGCUGCAGGACAACAGCUUCCCCCUCCUGGUCACCAUGGGCUCGGGGUCACAGUAUCUAGAGGAAGCUCCCAAGUUCCUGGCCUUCACCUGCGGCCUUCUGUGCGGCGCCCUCCAUACACUGGGCUUCCAGAGCCUGGUCACCGCCUCUGUGGCUGCCCUGCCCGCCUGUAAGUUCCAGGUGGUGAUCCAGAAGUCCUGAGGACCCCAGGCUUGCCCUGCCUGACCUUGGCCCUGUCCAAGUGGUCACCUUUGCAGGUGGCUUUGAAGCUGCAGUUCACAGGCUCUGAGGUGAUCGCAUGCUUCAGACGAGGGGAUGAAAGGAGGCAGAAGGGCCCAGUGACUUUGGAAUGGGCAUGGAGGGACAUUAAGGCAUCCGCCACCAAGACGGCAAGUGCUCAAUAAAGUUCGUGGAAACAGA